AGAGUGGUUGGUCGAGCCGCGGAGCUGUGUAGACAGUCGCGUAGCUAUCUCAAGAGUCUGCUCGGGAACACGGUGUAGCUCGCAGUGCAAAGUUCAUUGGGUUGCAGAGUGACAUGUCGGUUAGAUUGUGUGUGUGUCUCUCAUUCGUGGCCGUGCCGUUUACGCCAAGAUGGAACGCGAGCGUUUUGUCGUCAAGUACAUCACGGCGAACAAUUGCUUCGCACAUCUGUCGGCUGCCCGUUCGACGCACCGUUCGAACGACAAGGUGAAUGUAAUCGAAGUGUCGCAUAACGAGAGGAAGUUCUACUUUUCUACCAUCUUUCGCGCUAACGACGACGAAGUGUUAUGUAUCGGGGCGAAAUUCGCGAGAAGUUUGAACAUCCAGGAUGGAGAUGAAGUACUCGUGUCCUCUGUGGCAAAUGUUUUCACGUUAACAAGCGUCGAGGUCGCGCCUCAAACGGCGAUCGAUCGCGAACUUUUGACGUUGCAAAGUGAGAAGAUACAAUCGGAUCUCCUGAACCAAGUGAGAAUCGUCGCGAAGGGACAGCCAGUCGUGGCGUGGAUCUCAAAGUUUUCCUCCGUGACUUUCAUUGUGGAGGAUUUAAAGCCGAACGUCACGUGGGGGAGACUCGAGGAAUUCACGGAAGUGCACGUGCUUGAUACAAUCGCGAACGCAACGAUAAAGGACGCGGUCGUUAAGAAAGAGACCAAGAGUAUAGGUUUUUUGACCAAUAUCUGGUCUAAUCUUGUCAGAACACGAGAUCAUGACGAGGAUUCGAGGGACAACGCAAAUUAUGCCUUGCUGCAGAGCUUCCGCAGUAAAAUCGCGCCUCGCGAGUUCCGUGUGCAUCCUCUGCCGGUCUUCGAGUCCUACGAUCACUUGAAUGCCCACGACAUGAUCCUGCGAGGUCCCUAUCACAUUCUGAUUCCGAGGAGCAGCAUGCCGAGAAACGCAAGAUCGAGAGGAACGAUGAUAUGUAAGGUCAGCAAAGUGUCGAGACAACAGCGCGCUAACGACAACAGCAAGAAUUCGAACGUUUUCGACCUUCGACCCACCAAUUCGCGUGAACUCGUCGCGAGAAUUUACAUUCUCGAAGACAUCUUGGACAAGUGCUCCGCGUCGUUGGACAGACAAUAUUUCGACUUGAAUUCGAUCCACUCGCGCGCGUAUGUGUCGGCGGGUUUGAGAAUCACUUUGGAACUGAAGCCGGGAAGCAGAGUGAUCGUGCGGACGAUCGAGGAGGAGGGCGAGCCACCGAAGGCGUCGCCGGUGAACAUUUAUCCCUCCGAUCCGUCGGUGACGCCGGAAGUUUUUAAAAAUUACGCGAAACUCCACUCGACGCACGAGCCACUGCUGCUUAAUUCGCCCGCGACAAUUCUGCUCGACGGCGGCGAAAAGUGCUUGGUAAAGAUGUCCCUCGAGAAUGCCGAUUACGCGACGGUAGACGCGAAGGACGCGGAGGACUUGACCGUCCUUGCCACGUGCGAGCUGUCGUUCCCGAGCAAGUCGAAUUUCGAUUGGCGCUGUACCGCGGAAAGGAUGGAGAAAAUCUCCAUGAGGUAUAUAGAGGGUGUCCUUAAACAUUGCGAGAUCGCGCUCGACCUCAGCUUGGGCUUGCGGCGAGCGGUGGACUUCCGGUACGAUCGGGAGAACAUUCUGAUCUACGGCGACAUGGGUUCCGGCAAAACGACCGUCUGCAAAAAGCUAAUCGAACAUUAUUGCGAGGCGCCGUAUUUCGUGUACACGCACACGAUUGAUUGCAGGUCGCUACAAGGCAAACAGAUGGAGGCAAUACAGGGAAUCAUUAUGCCCAUUAUAAACGAAUGCUUGUGUCAUCAACCGUCCAUACUAUUCCUGGAUGAUUUGGAUAGCAUUACCAAUAGCAGUACCACUGCGUCACAAAAUGACGUGGUAAAAACGAUAAACGCUUCCAGAAUUGCUGACAUGCUGAUCAAUACCAUCACGAAAUACCAAGAUUCUCAUUACAUCUCGAUCGUCGCCACUUGUGCCGACGUGAGUAAAAUCGAUUCGAGAUUACGGCCGGCCAGAGGAGUACAGUUUUUUAGGACAAUCUUGAAGAUCCCGAGUCUCGAGAAGGCGGAUAGAAUCGAUAUUUUGCGAUUAACGCUCGAGGACAAGUUGUGCGUGCCCGGAGACAUAAAUUGGAAUUACUAUGGAAACAAGACCGAGGGCUGGAUGCCUCAGGAUCUCGUCGACUUGGCGGAGAAAGCGCGGUUCGUCGCGUGGAAGCUCCACGCGGCAGAAAGAUUAGAGGCACCGAUUGUCGUGACGGACGAAAACGUUAGCGUCGCACUGGAGGGUUACACGCCGAUGUCCCUGCAGGGCGUGCAGUUGUACAAGAGCGGCGGUCUCUCUUGGUCCGAUAUCGGCGGACUGGCGAACACGAAGAGCUCUCUCACGGAGAUUCUGCAGUGGCCGCUCAAGUACCCGGAGAUCUUCAAGAAAGCUCCGAUAAAGCUUCAGAGCGGCGUACUGUUGUACGGGAUGCCCGGCACCGGGAAAACGAUGCUGGCUAAGGCGAUCGCCGGCGAGUGCGGCGUGAAUUUGAUCAGCAUCAAGGGUCCAGAAUUGCUAUCGAAGUACGUAGGCGCCAGUGAGGAGUCCGUAAGAAAUGUAUUCGAAAGAGCCCGUCGCGCCAGGCCGUGCGUUUUAUUCUUUGACGAAUUCGACAGUCUUGCGCCCAGACGCGGGCACGACUCUAGCGGUGUCACCGAUCGGGUAGUGAACCAACUGCUGACGCAGCUUGACGGGGUCGAGGAUCGCGAGGGGGUGGUGAUCGUGGCAGCGUCCUCGAGGCCCGACUUGUUGGAUCCGGCUCUCCUGAGGCCGGGACGCCUGGACAAGUAUUUGUACUGCUCUUUACCGGAUGAAUUGGAAAGAGAGGCGAUCUUCACAGUUCUGUGCGGUUCGCAAAAUAUAAGCAUAGCCGAGCUGGACCUGAGGGAACUAGCUCAGCUCUCUGACGGAUUGACCGGGGCUGAUAUCAACGCGGCGAUCACUUUGGCGAGACUGUCGGCGUUCGAGGAGGCCUCGGCGAUUGCAAAGGACGGCAAAAUCAGUGCGAGUGACAUCAAAGUUACGCAAAUGCAUCUCGUGGAGUCUGUCAGAUCGACGAAGCCGUCUUUGUCCACCGCUGAAAAAUUGAAAUACACUCAUAUUUACACUCGGUUUUCCAAAGGGGACAACUUCACGGAGGAUCUGCUGAGGAACCAGAAGGCAACGCUAGCUUAAUUCGAAUCUUCCCUUAAAUUAUAAUUCAAAUUUCUUCAAGAAGGAAAUAAAUAUGUGCACUUCUGCAUUGGAACAAUACAGUA